CAAACUAACCCUUUCUGUUCUGUUCCACAUGAAUAAAUGAACUUUUGCUAUUUGCACCACCACCAUUUCCCACGAAUUCGGAACUGACACAUUUCAUAUUUAUUCUGUCUCUGGAUGCAAAAACCCCCCAAAACCCUGAGCAAACAUGAACAGCGCUAUUCUGAGGAACCGUUCUAAGGUUUCUCAUUUCAUGACCAUGCAAAUGUUCACUAACCAUUCCAUUAAUCAAAUCAAACUUCAUUCUAACAAACACUAUUCAAAACCUUACUUUCGAUUACCUAAUAAUUUCUUCACCAAAAAAACCAGACAGUGUGAAAUUUCUCCAUCAUCGUUUUCUUCUUCUUCUUCUUCUUCAUCAUCAACUGCAUCUAUUCCUAAGGUUGGUUUUGUUGGUUGGUAUUUGGGGAUGAUAAAAUCACGCCCUAUUCUCACUAAAAGUGUUACCUCUGCACUCAUUUAUACUGCUGCUGAUUUAUCCUCUCAGACUAUUGAGCGGCAAUCUUCAAAAUCUUUUGAUUUUAUAAGGACUUUACGCAUGGCGGGAUAUGGGAUGAUCAUUUUAGGACCAUCAUUGCAUUUCUGGUUCAAUUUUGUGUCAAAGCUUUUUCCAGGGAGGGAUAUUUUCUCUACAUUGAAGAAAAUGGCCAUGGGCCAGGGGAUUUAUGGACCUGCCAUGACUGUUAUUUUCUUCUCCUUGAAUGCAGGUUUGCAAGGUGAAAACAGCAAAGAGAUUGUUGCACGUUUAAAGCGUGAUUUGCUUCCUACGAUGUUAAAUGGAGUCAUGUACUGGCCUAUGUGUGAUUUUAUUACUUUUAGAUUCGCUCCUGUCCAUUUACAGCCAUUAGUCAGCAAUUCAUUUUCGUACUUGUGGACCAUUUAUAUGACCUAUAUGGCAAGCCUAGAGAAAGCCGAGACAGCUAGUUGAUCAUCGUCGGUAGGUCACGACCCUCGGUUUAUCUGGACUAACAAGUCUAUAGAGUUUAUCUGGAAGCUGCGCUGCAGUAAACAAUCAAAUCGUUUGGGUGUCUGCCGAAAAUUCUGAUCUCACACCAUGGCUAUACUAGUACUACUACUGCUAAUCAAAACCCUCGGUUGAAACUUUUUUAUUUUUAACGUUAUAUUCCUCAUUUUGUAUUGUUUAUUUCUUAUAUGAAUGGACCAGUUCAUUGAACAGCAGAAGCUCUAUUAGAGCUAUUGUCAUUGAAGUUUAUAUUUAUUUAUCUGAAGAAAUUUUUUAGUCAUAA